AUGCUGAGCCGAUUGUCAGGAUUAGCAAAUGUUGUUUUGCAUGAAUUAUCAGGAGAUGAAACUGAUGAGAAUAUGAGGGCUUCCUUAGAACCUGAAUUACCCCAAGAAUCUGACAUGGAAUUUAAUGAUAGAACACAAGAGGAUGUUCUGGAGCGCCUGGCUUAUGCAGAGCAGUUGGUGCAGGAACUAAAAGAAAUCAUUGGACAGAAGGAUGCUCAACUACAGCAGAAGGAUGAAAUUCUACAGGAAGAAAGAAAAGCUGCUGAUAACAAAAUUAAAAAACUGAAACUUCAUGCUAAGGCCAAAUUAACUUCUUUGAAUAAACACAUAGAAGAGAUGAAGGCACAAGGAGGGACUGUUCUGUCCACAGAACCUCAGUCAGAGGAGCAACUCUCCAAGCAUGACAAGAGUUCUACAGAAGAAGAGAUGGAAGUAGAAAAGAUAAAACAUAAACUCCAGGAGAAGGAGGAACUAAUUAGCAGUUUGCAAGCCCAGCUUAGCCAGGCACAGGCAGAGCAAGCUACACAGAGUUCAACAGAGAUGGAAGAAUUUUUAAUGAUGAAGAAACAGCUCCAAGAGAAGGAGGAACUCAUUAGCACUUUGCAAACCCAGCUCAGCCAGACACAGGCAGAGCAAGCUGCUCAGUUGAGUUCCAUGCAGCAGGUGGUCCGAGAGAAAGAUGCCCGCUUUGAGACACAAGUUCGUCUUCAUGAAGAUGAGCUUCUUCAGUUAGUAACCCAGGCAGAUGUGGAAACAGAGAUGCAACAGAAAUUGAGGGUGCUGCAGAGGAAGCUUGAGGAGCAUGAAGAAGCCUUGUUGGGCCGUGCUCAGGUUGUGGACCUGCUGCAACAGGAGCUGACUGCUGCCGAACAGAGAAACCAGAUUUUCUCCCAGCAGUUACAGCAGAUAGAAGCUGAGCAGAGUACUUUAAGGAACACUAUAGAAACAGAAAGACAGGAGUCCAAGAUUCUGAUGGAAAAGAUGGAACUUGAAGUGGCAGAGAGAAAGCUAUCUUUCCAUAACCUGCAGGAAGAAAUGCAUCAUCUUCUAGAACAGCUUGAACAGUCAGGUCAAGCCCAGGCUGAACUGCAGUCCCGGUACAGUGCUUUGGAGCAGAAGCACAAAACAGAAAUGGCAGAGAAGACCUCUCACAUUUUGAGUCUUCAAAAGACUGAACAAGAGCUGCAGUCUGCCUGUGAUGCCCUAAAGGAUCAAAAUUCAAAGCUUCUCCAAGAUAAGAGUGAACAGGCAGCUCAUUCAGCUCAGGUCAUUCAGCAGCUGGAAGAUCAACUCCAGGAAAAAUCCGAAGAAAUCAACCAAUUUCUAAAUAAGGCAACGUUGCUAAAACAUGAAAUAGCAUCUCAGACUUCUUUGCCAGAUGUUUCUAACGAGGGCACACAGAUGAGCAUGGUUGAUAUUGCCAGGCUCAACAAGAGCAGCUCUUCUGCUGAGGAAAGUGGACAAGAUGUCCUGGAGAACACAUUUUCUCAGAAGCAUAAAGAACUAUCCACUUUAUUGUUGGAAAUGAAAGAAGCCCAAGAGGAGAUUGCAUUCCUUAAGUUGCAGCUUCAAGACAAAAGGGCAGACAGUGACCCUGAGGUCCCUGACCAAAAAGAAAUGAAACAGACAGAGAGUGAAGGAAUACCUCCAGUUAAAAUGACAGUAUUGCUUGAAGAUACAGGGCAACAUUUUCCCCCCAUGCUAAAUGAAGAGAGAGGUCUUCCAACAACUGAGAAAGAAGAACAGAUGAGCACCAAAUACCAACACAGAACAUCUGAGGAAAUAUCUUUAAGUGACACUGGAAUGGAAUUAAAAUCAGCAAAGCAGGAUGAUGAUAAAUCCCCUUCUAUGGUAUCAGGUAUUUGUCAGUAUCACCAGGAUGAAUUGGAAAGGCUAAAAGCUCAAAUUUUGGAGCUUGAGCUAAACCUUCAUAAAGCAGAAGAGAUCUAUGAGAAAAAUUUAGUUGAGAAAGCUAAGGAAAUAGGCAGCCUAACCCAGCUGAUUGAAGAGUUUAAGAAAAAUGCUGAAAACACCAAUAGUGCAUUCACUGCUUUGUCUGAAGAAAGAGACCAGCUUCUUUCUCAGGUGAAGGAACUUAGUGUGGUAACGGAACUGAGGGCUCAGGUACAGCAACUGGAAGUGAACCUUGCAGAAGCAGAAAGGCAAAGAAGACUUGACUAUGAAAGCCAGACUGCUCAUCACAACUUGCUCACUGAACAGAUCCACAGUCUCAGCAUAGAAGCCAAAACUAAAGAUGUAAAGAUUGAAGUUUUACAGAACGAACUUGAUGAUGUGCAGGUUCAGUUUUCCGAGCAGAGUACAGUGAUCAAAAGCCUGCAGAGCCAGCUGCAGAAGAAGGAAAGUGAAGUGCUCGAGGGGGCAGACCGUGAGAGGUAUAUCUCAAAUAAGGUGGAAGAACUUUUACAGGCUCUUUCACAGAAGGAACUUGAAAUAGCAAAAAUGGACCAACUCUUACUAGAGAAAAAGAAAGAUGUGGAAAUCCUCCAACAAACCAUCAAGGAGAAGGAUCAGCAAGUGACAGAAAUCAGCUUUAGUAUGAUGGAGAAAAUGGUUCAGCUUAAUGAAGAGAAGUUUUCUCUUGGGGUUGAAAUUAAGACUCUUAAAGAACAGCUGAAUUUAUUAUCCAGAGCUGAAGAGGCCAAAAAAGAGCAGGUGGAAGAAGAUAAAGAAACUGUUUCUGGCAUUAAACAGAAUUAUGAUGAGCUGAACCCAGUAGGGCUAAGUAAAGAAGAACUUCAGUAUGAAUUAGACCUUGUAAAGAAAGAAAGUGAGCAGAGAAAAAGAAAGCUCCAGGCUGCUCUUAUUAACAGAAAGGAACUUCUACAGAGAGUCAGUAGAUUAGAAGAGGAAUUGGCCAAAGUGAAAGAUGAACCCAGGAAAGACACCCCACUCAGUGAGAGUGAGAGGAGGGAAAUGGAGGAAGAUAAAGAAAGCAAAAAGGACUCAGAAAAAUGUAUGACUUCUAAGUGCCGAGAAAUAGAAAUGGUAAUAUCUUUAAAACAGGUAAUAUCUGAGAAGGAAGUGGAACUAGAGCAUGUAAGGAAGGAUUUGGAAGAAAAGGCAGCAGCUGAAGAACAGUUACAGGCUGUGGUCAAACAGAUGAAUCAGAAUUUGCAAGAGAAGACAAACCAAAUAGAUCUGCUCCAAGCAGAAAUCAUUGAAAACCAAACAGUUAUCCAAAAGUUAACCACAGGUAACAAGGAUGCAGGUGAUGGAGAGUCAGCAGCACCUGUAAAAGUAGCAGCAGCCAUCAGUCCACUUGGUGCAGGUAGUGGAGAACACUGGAAACCAGAACUGGAAGAAAAAAUAGUGGACCUUGAAAAAGAAAAGGAGCAACUUCAAAAGAAGCUACAGGAAGUAUUAACCUCUCGCAAGGUGAUUCUAAAAAAGGCACAGGAGAAAGAAAGACAUCUUCGGGAGGAGCUCAAGCAACAGAAGGAUGACUAUAAUCGCUUGCAAGAACAGUUUGAUGAGCAAAGCAAGGAAAAUGAGAAUAUUGGGGACCAACUAAGGCAACUACAGAUUCAAGUAAAGGAAUCUUCGGACAGAAAACUCCCAGGCAGUGGCCAGCAGGUUCCAGGUUCUCCCACUCAAGGUUUAGAAGAACCUUUAUUCAAAGCCACAGAGCAGCAACCUGCUCAACUGGCUUCAGAGUCUGACUUGUGCCCAGACUGGCCUUCUCAUCCUGGAGAUACAAAUGGUCUGCAGGGCAAUACUGCUAUUGCCCAGAUUAAGACACAGCUGAAAGAAAUAGAGGCUGAGAAAGAAGAGUUAGAGUUGAAGGUUAGCUCUACAAUAAGUGAGCUGACUAAAAAAUCAGAAGAGGUAUUUCAGUUACAAGAGCAGAUAAAUAAACAGAAUUUAGAAAUCCAAAGUCUGAAGGCAGCGUCCCAUGAAGCUGAAGCCCACGCAGAAAGCCUGAGGCAACAACUGGAAAGCAGUCAACUAGAAAUCACUGGAUUAGAACAUUUAAGAGAAUUACAGCCUGAACUAGAUGAACUGCAAAAACUCAUAAGCAAAAAAGAAGAAGAAGUUAGAUACCUUUCUGGACAGCUUAGUGAGAAGGAAACAGCCCUUACUAAAGUACAGACAGAGAUAACAGAACAAGAGGAUUUAGUGAAGGCUCUGCAUACAGAACUGGAAAUGCAAGCCAAAGAACAUGAUGAGAAGAUAAAGCAGUUACAGGUGGAGCUUUGUGAAAUGAAGCAGAAACCAGAAGAGAUUGGAGAAGAAAGUAAAGGAAAGCAACAAAUACAGAGGAAACUGCAAGCUGCCCUUAUUUCCCGAAAAGAAGUACUAAAAGAAAACAAACGUCUGCAAGAGGAGUUGUCUUUGGCCAGAGAUAACAUUGAACAUCUCACCAAGUCUCUGGCAGAUGUGGAAAACCAAGUUUCUGCUCAAAAUAAGGAGAAAGAUAUAUUCUUAGGCAAGUUAGCUCUUUUUCAGGAAGAAAGAGACAAACUCAUUGCAGAAAUGGACAUAUCUUUAAUGGAAAAUCAAAGUCUCAAUGGUUCUUGUCAAAGUCUGAAAUUAGCUCUGGAGGGUCUUACUGAAGACAAGGAAAACUUAGUGAAAGAAAUUGAAUCUUUGAAAUGUUCUAAGAUUGCAGAAAGCACAGAGUGGCAAGAGAAACACAAAGAGUUACAAAAGGAAUAUGAAAUUCUUCUGCAGUCCUAUGAGAAUGUUAGUAAUGAGGCAGAAAGGAUUCAGCAUGUGGUAGAAACUGUGAGGCAAGAGAAGCAAGAACUAUACGGCAAGUUAAGAAGCACAGAAGGAAACAAGAAAGAAACAGAAAAGCAGUUGCAGGAAGCUAAACAGGAAAUGGAGGAGAUGAAAGAAAAGAUGAGAAAGUUUGCUAAAUCUAAACAGCAGAAAAUCCUAGAGUUGGAAGAAGAGAAUGAGAGGCUUAGAGCAGAGGUACACCCUGCAGGAGGUACAUCUAAAGAUAGUAUGGAAGCACUUCUUUCUUCCAAUUCUGACAUGAAGGAGGAACUAGAAAGGGUCCAAACAGAGUAUAAAACCCUUUCUAAGGAGUUUGAGGCUUUAAUGAUGGAGAAGGACUCUUUAAGUGAAGAGGUUCAGGAUUUAAAGCAUCAGAUAGAAGGUAAUGUAUCCAAACAAGCUAGCCUGGAGGCCACUGAGAAACAUGAUAACCGGAUGGUUGUCACUGAAGAGGCAACCCAGUCUGCUCCAGGUGAGGCCCAUGAGCAAAACUCUCCAAGUUUGAACCCAAGGUCUGAAAAUUCAGAAUCCAUUCAUUCAGAGAACAGUGCCAAGCCUGAUAUAAGUGAGAAUGUCAGCUUACAUGAUGAAAUUAAUAAUUACCUACAGCAGAUGGAUCAGCUCAAAGAAAGAAUCACUGAAUUAGAGGAGGACAAGCAGAAAGACAAGGAAUUUAGCCAGACUUUAGAAAAUGAGAGAGCUGCUUUAUUGAGUCAAAUAUCAGCUAAGGAUGGUGAACUAAGAAUGCUUCAGGAAGAAGUAACCAAAAUAAACUCAUUAAAUCAGCAAAUCCAAGAAGAACUUGCCAGAGUUACCAAGCUAAAGGAGACAGCAGAGGAAGAGAAAGAUGAUUUGGAAGAGAGGCUUAUGAAUCAAUUAGCAGAACUUAAUGGAAGCAUUGGGAAUUAUUAUCAGGAUGUUACAGAUGCCCAAAUCAAAAAUGAGCUACUAGAAUCUGAAAUGCAGAACCUUAAAAAGUGUGUGAGUGAAUUGGAAGAAGAAAAGCAGCAGUUAGUCAAGGAGAAAACUAAGGUGGAAUCAGAAAUACGAAAAGAAUAUAUGGAGAAAAUACAAGGUGCUCAGAAAGGGCCUGGCAAUAAAAGUCAUGCAAAGGAACUUCAGGAGCUGUUAAAAGAAAAACAGCAAGAAGUAAAGCAGCUGCAGAAGGAUUGCAUUAGGUACCAAGAGAAAAUCAGUGCUCUGGAGAGAACUGUUAAGGCCUUAGAAUUUGUUCAGACUGAGUCCCAGAAAGAUUUGGAAAUAACCAAAGAAAAUCUGGCUCAAGCCAAUGAACAUCGCAAGAAGGCAGAAACAGAAUUAGCUAGCUUCAAAGUACUGCUAGAUGACACUCAAAGUGAAGCAGCAAGGGUCCUAGCAGACAAUUUCAAGUUGAAAAAGGAGCUUCAGUCAAAUAAAGAAUCAGUUAAAAGCCAAAUGAAACAAAAGGAUGAAGAUCUUGAGAGAAGACUGGAGCAGGUAGAGGAGAAACACCUGAAAGAGAAGAAGAAUAUGCAAGAGAAACUGGAUGCUUUGCAUAGAGAAAAAGUCUACUUAGAAGAGACAUUUGGAGAGAUUCAGGUUACUUUGAACAAGAAAGACAAGGAAGUUAAGCAACUUCAGGAAAACUUGGAUAGUACUGUGGCCCAGCUUGCAGCUUUCACUAAGAGCAUGUCUUCCCUUCAGGAUGAUCGGGACAGGGUGAUAGAUGAAGCCAAGAAAUGGGAGAGGAAGUUCAGUGUUGCUAUUCAAACCAAAGAAGAAGAAAUUAGACUUAAAGAAGAGAAUUUCAGUGUUCUAAAGGAUCAGCUUAGGCAGAUGUCCAUCCACAUGGAGGAAUUGAAGAUCAACAUUUCCAGGCUUGAACAUGACAAGCAGAUUUGGGAGUGCAAAGCUCAGACAGAAGUCCAGUUUCAGCAGAAGGUCUGUGAUACUCUACAGGGAGAAAACAAAGAACUUUUUUCCCAGCUAGAAGAGACUCGACAUCUAUACCGUAGUUCUCAGGAUGAAUUAGCUAGGUUGGAAUCAGAACUGAAGAUUCUCAGAGACCAGUCAACUGAUUUAAAUAACUCUUUAGAAAAAUAUAAGGAAAAUAAAGAAAAUUUGGAAGGGAUCAUAAAGCAGCAAGAGGCUGAUAUCCAAAAUUGUAAGUUCAGUUAUGAACAGCUAGAGACAGAUCUUCAGGCCUCCAGACAACUGACCAGUAGGCUGCAUGAAGAAAUAAACAUGAAAGAGCAGAAGAUUAUAAGCCUGCUUUCUGCCAAGGAACAGGCAGUCCAAGUAGCUGUUGCUGAACUGCAUCAGCAGCAUGAUAAAGAAAUUAAAGAAUUGGAAAAUCUACUGUCCCAGGAGGAAGAGGAGAAUACUGUUUUAGAAGAAGAGAACAAAAAAGCUGUUGACAAAACCAAUCAGCUUAUGGAAACACUGAAAAACAUGAAAAAGGAGAACAUGCAACAGAAGGCUCAGUUGAAUUCCUUUGUUAAAUCCAUGUCUUCUCUCCAGGAUGACCGAGACCGUAUAGUAGGUGAUUACCAACAGCUGGAAGAGCGACAUCUCUCUGUGAUCCUGGAAAAAGACCAACUCAUCCAGGAUGCUGCUACUGAGAAUAAUAAGCUGAAGGAAGAAAUUCGAUGCUUGAGAAGUCAUAUGGAUGAUCUCAAUUCUGAGAAUGCCAAGCUCAAUGCAGAACUGAUCCAAUAUAGAGAAGACCUGAACCAAGUGAUAUCAAGGAAGGACUGUCAGCAAAAGCAGCUCCUUGAAGCUCAACUUCAGCAGACUAAGGAGGUGAAAAGUGAGUAUGCUAAAUUAGAAGAAAAGCUCAAGGAGUCUGAGGAAGCAAAGGAGGAGCUGCAGAGGUUCUCUCUUGCCCUACAGGAGGAGAAACGAGGUUUAUCUAAAGAGAUUGAGAACUUAAAAGUUUCUCUAUCCCAACUAAAGAAACAAUUGACAGCCUUGCAAGAAGAAGGUACUUUAGGAAUAUUCCAGCCCCAAUUAAAAGCAAAAGAAGAAGAGGUAGAGAAGUUAAAUACUACCCUUUCUUUGUCUCAGAAGAGAAUUACAGAACUGGAAGAGGAAUUGGUUCAUGUUCAGAAGGAAGCUGCCAGAAAGGUAGGUGAAAUUGAAGAUAACCUGAAGAAAGAAUUAAAGCAUCUUCAUCAUGAUGCAGGGAUAAUGCGAAAUGAAACUGAAACAGCAGAAGAGAGGGUGGCGGAGCUAGCAAGAGAUCUGGUAGAGAUGGAACAGAAGUUACUCAUGGUCACCAAAGAAAAUAAAGGUCUUACAGCACAAAUCCAGUCUUUUGGAAGGUCAAUGAGUUCCCUACAAGAUAGUAGAGAUCAUGCCAAUGAGGAAGUUGAGGAACUGAAAAAGAAAUAUGAGGCCAGUCUGAAGGAGUUGGCACAGCUGAGAGAAGAGCAGGGCCUCUUAAGCAAAGAGAGAGAUGUACAUGUUUCUAAAACUGCAUUUCCAGUUAACUCCACUGAGGAUAACAGCCUGCCCCACCUUGAGAAACUUAACCAACAGCUUCUAUCCAAAGAUGACCAACUGUUUCACUUGUCCUCACAACUAGAAGACUCUUACAACCAAGUGCAGUCCUUUUCCAAGGCUAUGGCCAGUCUACAGAAUGAGAGAGAUCACCUGUUGAGUGAACUGGAGAAAUUCCACAAGUCAGAGGAAGGGAAGCAGAGGUCUGCAGCCCCACCUGCAACCAGCCCAGAUGAAGUACAGAGUUUAAAAAAAGCUAUGUCAUCACUUCAAAAUGACCGAGACCGACUACUGAAGGAAUUGAAGAAUCUGCAGCAGCAAUACUUACAGAUUAACCAAGAAAUCACUGAGUUACGUCCACUGAAGGCUCAACUUCAGGAGUAUCAAGAUAAGACAAAAACAUUUCAGAUUAUGCAAGAAGAGCUCAGGCAGGAAAACCUCUCCUGGCAGCAUGAGCUACAUCAGCUCAGGAUGGAGAAGAGUUCCUGGGAAAUUCAUGAGAGGAGGAUGAAGGAGCAGUACCUUAUGGCUAUUGCAGAUAAAGAUCAGCAGCUCAGCCAUCUGCAGAAUCUUAUGAGGGAAUUGAGAUCUUCUUCCUCCCUGACUGAGACCCACAAAAUGCAGUAUCAAAGACAGGCAUCCCCAGAGACACCAGCUUCCCUAGAUGGAUCACAAAACCUAGUUUAUGAGACAGAACUUCUUAGGACUCAGCUCAAUGACAGCUUAAAGGAAAUUCACCAAAAGGAGUUAAGAAUUCAGCAACUGAACAGCAAGUUCUCUCAACUGCUGGAAGAGAAAAAUACUCUUUCCAUUCAGCUCUGUGACACCAGUCAGAGUCUCCGUGAGAACCAGCAGCACUACAGCGACCUUUUCAAUCACUGUGCGGUUCUGGAGAAGCAGGUUCAAGAGCUGCAAGCGGGACCACUGAAUAUAGAUGUUGCUCCAGGAGCUCCCCAGGAAAAGAAUGGAGCUCACAGGAAGGGUGAUCCUGAAGAACUGAGGGAGCCACAGCUAAGCUUUUCUGAAGCCCAGCAGCAGCUGUGCAACACUAAACAGGAGAUGAAUGAAUUGAGGAAGCUGCUGGAAGAAGAACGAGACCAAAAAGUGGCUGCUGAGGCUGCCCUCUCCAUGGCCGAGGAGCAGAUCAGGCGGUUGGAGCAUGGUGAAUGGGACUCUGCCCGGUCUCCUAUCAUUGGCUCCUGUGGCUCCCAGGAGCAGGCACUGUUAAUAGAUCUUACAAGCAACAGUUGUCGAAGGACCCGGAGUGGUGCUGGAUGGAAGCGGGUCCUGCGUUCGCUCUGUCAUUCCCGGACACGGGUGCCACUGCUGGCAGCCAUCUACUUUCUGAUGGUUCAUGUCCUACUUGUUCUAUGUUUCACAGGCCAUCUAUAA